AUGAAUAACGACCACGAUAAGCAGCCGAGCAACGUAGGACCGGUACAUGUAGUAAGGUCACCGUGUGUGAUUGCAACCACGGUCACGGAAGCCAACAAGCUGCCACAAGAACAAGAUGCGUCGGCCACGACUCAGCGUAAGGAGCUUAGCCGAACCCGGAGCUGCGUCUUCAGCAAGCUAAAGCUACAGGAGUCUGGUACUGAAACUUCAACGAACAAAACGACAACUGCGGGGGAUGGGACAACUGAAGGCAACAAGGAACAAAUAAUACAACAAGGUGUUAAAAAAAGUGUUGCAGAUGAACCUGCUUUUUCUAGUGGUCGCUGUGGCCAAGUAGGAGACACCCUGGUCGUGGAGGAAGAUAAUAUCGUCUAUCAUGGAGCAUUUGGGUUUGGCACAACCACAAUUGCUAGCGCGCAUGUUGCUUCACAGUCAGUGGACUCGACUUCUACUUCAGAUAAUAUCCUUGACGAGCAGGACGACGACGAGAUCGGUGAUAAUAUUGUCUACCACGACAAUUUUUUCGGUGAGGAGGUUUUCACGUCUACGUCAUCAACGAGUAGUUCAGACACCUCGCACAGCUCCAGCUCUACACCACCGGGGAGUCCGGUUGUGCUUCUCAAGGAAGAACAGGCAGAAGAUCACAGCACGAUACGGCGAAAAUGUGUAGUCCAGGUUCCGAAGCUAAACCUUACGGGGGUCACUCCACUCCGUGUGGAGUCCUCCGAAGUGAACGAAGUUGGGCCGCUGAGAACGGAAUCGAGACGAGACAUUCAUCAGGAGCAUAGCGUGAGAGCGAAAGCGAAUGGCGGCACGACUCGUAUUGCAAAUUACACCGACGUCGAGGUAGUAGCGGAGGUCGUCGGCGCUCCGGAGAAAGACUGUAAUAGCGAGUUCACUGUACCAGAGAGUUCCACCAGAACAACACCAACAUCAAGCGGUCGCGCUUCUAGUGUCCCGGUAGCCAAUCGAUCACCAAGUCGCGUACUAUUUCUGCCACCACAAUUGGUCGUAAGGAGUCCUAUGGUCGUCAAGCGCACUAUUGAUAGCAAUACUUCUGCAACUACAUCGACCGGAACAGGAGGGGGUCAUUGUCACAUGAUCGGAGCCUCUCGAACUGAUCCAACUGCUGCAACGCUGAGACAACCGACGAAGAGUGGUACUUCGUCCUUGCAACACUCGCAGAGUACUGGCAAGAUAACUUAUCCGAGUACAACAACACAGCCUGAAGAUGUAGUUGGUCCCCUGCAGAAGCACAGAGCGGUGCCGUGCAUGAGGAGAGUUCUUGAAGAGCGCAAGAAAAGAAAUUUUGCGCAAUCGCAAUCCACUUUGAUCAGUGGAACUCAACAAGGUCAAGGUCAACACCGAGAAAAAAUGAAACAAGGAGUCGUGCAAUACCCGGACUCGGACAUCAACAUCAAAGACGACAAGAAGGUCGCCAUCUUCAGUAGUAAGAAUAUCAUGACACACAGAAGCACGACUCUCGCUCCUCAAACUCAUCAUGCUCAUGAUCAUCUUCUUCGGACUCCGCAACGAUCCUUCACACCUGUAUUGCAAUCGCCCCGCACUGCCGAGCAUCUUGCUGCGGCCCGUGGCACGUCCUCGUCCAGCUUGUUUUGCUCGCCAGGUCUGCUCCUCACGCCGAGGGGCAUUGCUACAGGAAGUCGUGGGAGUUCGAGCGCGUCUACAGGACGUGGCGAAAUACCAUCUUCAGUAUCGCAGAUCACGACGCCUCGGCCUCUCGUUGUAGGCAGCAAUUCUACACCUGGAUUGUCAUCUCCUGCUCCAACAGCUGCUGUUGCUGGUCGCUACGCAACGUCCCAUACGAAUGCGACAGCGAGCAACCUGAGGGGCCAGAAUAGAAUCACUGCUUCUCGUCCUCCUUCCAAUAAUGCAUCUCCUGCACCUCCCGG